ACAUACGCUCUUCGAAUUUGAUACAAAAUACUAGAUAGUACUACGUACUUCUGAAAAAAAAUCCCUUUUUUUCCCUUCCACUUUCCAAGCGGUAUCAUUCUUACCCCAGCUUCGCACUUCGCCUUUCUUUUGCUCAACCAUUUCCCACCGUGUUGCUCUCGUUCAUAAACAACAACGCGCCACCCCCGCCAGUUCCGACCGAUAAUCGCGUCCCCGCCUAGCUACUUAGCCCAGCAUCGCUUCUCGAGCCGCCAUCAUUCCACUGUGUCUUCGCCGCUCGCCGCUGCUAAUCAGUCUCUCACGUUGAUCGAGCCUCCUAGUCUCCUACUCGAUCCAGUAGUCUUCCAUAGCCGGUUACCUUGCUCGCGAAGCGAACGCGGGCAAUGGGGAUGGCGUGGUCGCGGCGCCAGCAGGAAGACGCCGCCCGAGCGGCGGCGCGGGAGCACACGAGGCGGUGCAGGGAGCGGCGGCGGCUCAUGAGGGAGGCCGUGCGGGCGCGGCGCCAGCUCGCCGCCUCGCACGCCGGGUACCUCAGGUCGCUCGGCCUCGUCGCGUCCACGCUCACCCACUUUGCGCUCGGCGAGCCGCUCCCCGUGUCCGACCACACCCCGCCCGUCGUGCUCGUGCACCGCCCGGCCCCCGUCCCCUCCACGCCGCCGCCGCUCCUCCGCUCCAUCCAGCCGGAGCAGCAGGACGGCGCCGUCGCUGCCGAGGCGCCGGCGCCCGUUGCCGCCGCCCGGACGGAGGGCGACGUCGUUGGCGGGGAGGACCUGCGGGUGGCGGUGAGGCACCGAACCCUCGCGGAGGUCGCCGCGGGGCUGGAGGAGUAUUUUGUCAGGGCCAGCGUCGCCGGCGAUGCGGUCUCGACCCUCCUCGAGGCAAGCAACGCCGAGUACAAGGGUGGACCGAGCAGCUUCUUUGGCGUGCUUUGCUGCAUGUCGUCGUCGUCGCCGUCGCCGUCGGUUUCGCACGACCGGAUGGGCAGCAUGCACGGCGGCCAGCGGCAUAGCUCUACGCUGCAGCAGCUCAUGGUCUGGGAGAAGAAGCUGUACAAGGAGGUCAAGGCGAGGGAGCGGCUGCAGAUCCGUCACGACAAGAAACUGGCGGUGCUCCGGGACCAGGAGUACAGCAGGAAGAUCAACGUGGACAUCCGGAAGCUCAAGGGCGCGUGGGACAGGGCGCGCGCGCAGCUCGCCACGGCGUCCGAGGCCGCGCACGCCAGCUCCGCGGCCAUCUCCGAGCUCCGGGACACCCGCCUCGCGCGCCAGGUGCUGGGGCUCUGCCACGCCACGCGCGACAUGUGGAAGUUGAUGCGCCAGCACCACGAGGCGCAGGGCCUGAUCGCGCAGCAGCUGCGCGGCCUCAGCGGCCGGACGUCCAUGGACCCGACCACGGAGAUCCAGCACGGGGCGACGCGGGCGCUGGAGGCCGCCAUGUCGGCAUGGUGCGCCGCCCUGGGCCACCUCGCCAAGCACCAGCGCGACUACGUCGGCGCCCUGCACGGCUGGCUCAAGCUGACGCUGGCGGCGCCGUCGACGGACGCGGACAGCGCCGCGGCCUCCCCCGUCGCCGCGGAGCUCGCCGCCUUCGUCGACCGGUGGAGGCAGGCGCUCGACGGCGUGCACUGCGCCGAGGUGCUCAGGUCGAUCAAGAACUUCGUCGGCGCCACCCACGCGCUCUACGCGCACCAGGGCGACGAGCUUCGGGCGGCGCGCCGGGUCGGGCAGUGCACCCGCGAGCUGGACCGCAAGUCCCGGAUGCUGCGGCAGGUGGAGAAGAGCUACUACGAGUCGUCGUACGUGCCGGCGGGGUUCUCGCUUUGGAACCGGGGGAUGCAGUGGAUGGAGGAGGACAGGCGGCGGGUGCACCACGCGCACAACGAAGUGGCGCAGCACAAGGAGGAGAUCGACGCGUGCCGGAGGAAGCUCGAGGGCGAGAUGAAGAGGCACGCCAUGGCCAUCGACGCCACCAGGUCCUCCGCGGUCACCGGCGUGCAGAGGACGCUGCCGGCGGUGUUCCAGGCCAUGGCCACCUUCUCGGCGUCGCUUGCCACCGCUCUCGAGGCUGUGUGCAGACAUGGCAGCCAUGUGCACUAGUCACGUACUACCUCCGUUCGGAAAUAAGUGACGUUGUUUUCGUUAAAAUUUUAAACCAAAACCAAUUAUUUCCGGACGGACGGAGCACAUACUACGUUGGUUUUGGAGAAAUAUGUUUACUGUCUACAUGUAUUAGUUUAGUGCCCAUGCGUGCCUUGUCAUGAAACAACAAAAUUACUGUCC